UGAAAAGCGUCGAUCGCAGCCACAGCAGUAGCAGCAGCAGCGGUCUGUCCGUGCGGCUCCAUAUUGGAUACGGCUCUCCUCCACAUUCGCACUGGUGGUCUCCUCCUGCGCAUGCUACUAAAACGGCCCCACUCUGCUCCGCGGUGUCAGGUGUGAGGGAUGUGACCGACAUAAAAACAUGCUCUCCGCGGUGGCUUUGUUCCUCAGACCAGCGCCAUCCUCCCAGUUUCUCACAGGGCGGAGAAAUUAGGUUGGAGUGGAGGCGCACCUGAAGAGCGGGGGCAAGAAGUGGCAUGCGACCAGAGGAAGACAUAAGUGGAUUGAGAUAAACCCACUGAGGCACGAUGUUCACACUCACCGAGGUUGCGUCUUUGAAUGACAUUCAGCCAACGUACCGCAUCCUAAAGCCAUGGUGGGAUGUCUUCAUGGACUACUUGGGGCUGGUCAUGCUCAUGCUGUCCAUAUUCGCCAUGACCAUGCAGAUCACCAAGGACCAGGUGGCAUGCCUUCCUUGUUUGGAGGACCCUGACGAGGCCUCGGGACCUAAACCUAACUCCAUCCCCCAGCAGCCCACACACCAAGCAGCCACAUCUGCAGCCACUGAGGCUCCAGUGUUAACCACAAUCCCGCACAUCACCAAGGAUUUACCGGACGAGGCUGUUCGCGAGAUCCACAUCACUCACCAACACACUGCAGUGGUGGCAGAGAAAUAUGUCAAUCAACCUCAGCCGACGGGAGUCAGGACCAAUCUGGACUAUCAACAAUAUAUCUUUGUCAACCAAAUGUGUUACCAUGUUGCCUUGCCCUGGUACUCCAAGUACUUUCCAUACCUGACUCUCAUCCACACACUUGUUCUUAUGGUCAGUAGCAACUUCUGGUUCAAAUACCCCAAAACAAGCUCAAAGAUUGAGCAUUUUGUUUCUAUUCUGGGACGAUGUUUCGAGUCUCCCUGGACUACUAAGGCUUUGUCUGAAACUGCUUGUGAGGACUCGGAGGAGAACAAGCAGAGGCUGACCAGCACCACAGCACCAAAACAUGUGUCUUCAGAGGGGAAGGAUGAAAGCACGGGCGUCAACUCAUCCACUCCCAUGCUUGGGGUGAAGUUCUCUGCAGAUAAACCCAUCGCAGAGGCCCCAAGCAGUAUGACAAUCCUGGACAAAAAAGAUGGGGAGCAAGCGAAAGCCUUGUUUGAGAAAGUGAGAAAAUUCAGAGCUCAUGUGGAAGACAGUGAUUUCAUCUACAAGCUUUAUGUUGCACAGACUGUUGUCAAAACUGUUAAGUUUAUCUUGAUAUUAUCUUACAUCUCAACCUUUAUGGCUAAGAUUAACUUUAGGCAUAACUGUGAACCUGAUAUUAAACAGCUAACAGGAUACAAAAAGUUUUUCUGUACGCACAACAUGGCUUUCAUGCUCAACAAGCUGCUUAUUAGCUACAUGGCUUUGAUUCUGAUCUAUGGGAUGGCGUGCUUGUACUCUCUCUUCUGGGUGUUUCGACGACCUCUGAAAGAGUACUCAUUUGAGAAGGUUAGGGAGGAGAGCAGCUUUAGUGACAUUCCUGAUGUCAAAAAUGACUUUGCAUUCCUUUUACACAUGGUUGACCAGUAUGACCAACUCUACUCCAAGCGCUUUGGCGUCUUCUUGUCUGAGGUCAGUGAAAACAAGCUGAGGGAGAUCAGCCUCAAUCAUGAGUGGACCUUUGAAAAACUACGGCAGCUUGUGACCCGUAAUUCACAGGACCAACUGGAGCUUCACCUUUUCAUGCUCUCUGGACUCCCGAAUGCAGUGUUUGACCUCAUAGACUUAGAAGUGCUUAAACUGGAGCUGAUUCCUGAGGUGAGGUUCACGGCCAAAGUCUCCCAAAUGACCAGCCUGCAGGAGCUGCAUCUCUGCCACUGUCCUGCGAAAGUAGAGCAGACAGGUUUUGCUUUCCUCCGUGACCAUCUUCGCUGUCUUCAUGUGAAGUUCACUGAUGUUGCCGAGAUCCCGGCUUGGGUGUACAUGCUAAGGAGUCUGAGGGAGCUCAACCUUAUUGGCAACUUGAGCUCUGAAAAUAACAAAAUGAUCGGUCUCGAGUCCAUGCGUGAUUUGCGACAUUUAAAGACACUAUGCCUGAAGAGCAACCUGUCUAAAAUGCCCACAAACAUCACAGAGCUUUCACCACAUUUGAUAAAACUAGUCGUGCACAAUGAUGGCACAAAACUGCUGGUGCUAAAUAGUUUGAAAAAGAUGACAAGUAUAAUUGAACUUGAGCUAUACAGCUGUGAACUAGAGAGGAUCCCCCAUGCUAUUUUCAGUCUGAUCAACUUACAGGAGCUUGACCUGAAAUCGAACAACAUUCGAACCAUAGAGGAGAUCAUCAGCUUCCAGCACCUCAAGAGGCUGACGUGCCUCAAACUGUGGCACAACAAAAUAAACUCCAUUCCAUCCUCCAUCGCUCAGGUCAGGUCUCUGGAGUCUCUCCACCUCUCGCACAAUAAACUAGAGUCCCUGCCUCCAGCUUUGUUCACUCUACCUAAACUGCGGCACUUGGAUGUUGGCCACAACUCCAUCACAGUGCUCCCUCCUGAUGUUGGCCUCCUCCAAAACCUCCAGCACUUAGCCAUCAACUCCAACAAGCUGGAGGUGCUGCCCAAGCCUCUCUUCCGAUGCACCAAGCUGAAGGUGCUGUGUUUGGGGCACAACGCUCUCACUGUGCUCCCAGAGAGUGUGGGUCAGCUGGUGCAGCUCACUCAACUGGAGCUGAGGGGAAACUGUCUUGACAGACUGCCGCCCCUGCUUGGAAACUGCCGCCUGCUGCGAAAACAUGGCCUGGUUGUGGAGGAUCACCUCUUUGACGCACUGCCUGUGGAAGUGAAGGAGAGCAUCAGCCGAGAGACCAACGUGUCCUUUACAAGUGGCUUGUAGCACAAAACGCAGCAAACACACACACACACAGGCCUGCAGCUCUGCGGGUUCACAACAGGCUUGUACUAUAAUGGAUUAUAUAACAAAAACCAAUGAAUUGUCUUGAUUGUUUUAAUGGGUUUUAUUUACAUGUAUGUAUAAACCAACAAGAUUUUUAUUUUAUUGUUAUUAUUAUUAUUUGUUUUGUCGUGUAAGGAUCUAAUUUAGCAAUUUGUUUUGGCAUUUAGCUUUUUCAUAGAAUAAAACUAAAACUUUAGAAAUCUAGUUCCUCUAUAGACCAAAACUGUUUGCUCUGGUGACACAGUAUGUAGAGAUUUCAUGGUUUUAGGUACUCAGGUGUAAUUGUUACCAUGGGGAACAAUCUUUUGCCUUAACUGCUGCUAUUUUUAUGGAGAAUACUUUCACAAACUUCAGGCCAAAUAGAAAUAUUUUAUUUUUUCCAUGUCAUUUAAAAAA